AUGCGGUUCGAGGUCAUCUCUGCGCUCUUUGCAACCGUCGCGCUAUCCUUGCCUCAUGGCGGAGUUCAACAGCACCACCAGGACAUGGAGCAGCAAGCUACCUCAUCUAUGUCCAUGCCCACGUCCUCCAUGACGAUGCCGAUGAAACGGUCAACCUCUUUAUCGGAGACUACCCCUACCUCCUCCAUGACGAUGCCGAUGAAACGGUCAACCUCUUCAUCAGAGGCUACCCCCACCUCCUCUGCAUCGACGCGUCUUGAUAAACCUACCGCAAAGCCCAUGAGGGCAGAGAAUAUGAUAAUGAUUGAUGUGUUCCAUGUCUGGUUUGGUAUGGCCCGACGAUCUUGGACAUUCCUGGAUUUCCCCGAAGGCACACAGUCUGGUCAUAUUAUGCGGCUAUCGAUGAAACGGUACACGAGUGAUGCGAACGUGUAUUUCUUUUAUGCUGUUCUAAAUGCAACAUUGGAGGCUGAAUGA